CCAAAACGAGUCCUUUCAAGGCCGCAGUAGAAACCAGAGAAAGCAAGUUAAGAAACAAGGCAUGGAUAUUUGGCACCUUGUCCUGCUCUCCCUUUCCUUUGCCACUGCCCUCGGUCUCCUCCUCCGCCCUGCAACCAAGAAGAGAGGGCUCCCCCCGGGCCCCCCCGCCGUGCCGAUCAUCGGCAACCUUUUCUGGCUCCGACGGUCCUUUCAAGACGUGGAGACCAUCCUCCGGGAACUCCACGGUCAGUAUGGUCCCAUCGUCACCCUCCACAUAGGCUCCCGCCCCUUCAUCGUCAUCUCCGACCGGACCCUCGCCCACCGGGCCCUCGUCGAGCAUGGAGCCACCUUCUCCGACCGCGGCCCCAAACUCCCCGCCACCAGUUUCCUCAUCCGCGACCAUAUCAUCUCCGGUGCCGCCUAUGGGCCCCUCUGGCGCCUGCUCCGCCGCAACCUCAUCUCCGAGAUCCUCCACUCCUCCCGCGUCAAGCUCUAUGCCCACGGCCGCGCCUGGGUCCUUCAAGUCCUCACCAACCACCUCCGAUCCCAAGCCGCUUCGAACGACGCCGGCGCGGUCACUGCCGUGGAGAGCUUUCGAUUCGCCAUGUUCUGUUUAUUGGUUCUCAUGUGCUUCGGCGAGAAGUUAGACGAGAAGGCCAUCAAGGACAUCGAGAUCGCUCAAAAGAGUCCCCUCCUUUACGGCAGAAAACUCUACGUCCUCGCCUUCGCUCCAAGAAUCUCGAGGUACAUCUUCAGAGAUAGGUUAAAGACGGCUCUCCAAAUGCGUCAGAGACAGGCAGAGCUAUUCGUCCCAUUGAUCAGAGCUCGAAAAGAAUUCAAGAAACAGCAACAACGGCAGAAGAGCGAAGAGGAAAGGUUCGUCUACUCCUAUGUCGAUUCCCUUCUGGACAUCGAACUCUCGGAAGAAGGGGGAAGGAAGUUAACAGAGCCGGAGAUGGUGGCCUUGUGCUCGGAGUUUCUGAACGCAGGCACGGACACAACCUCGACGGCGUUGCAAUGGAUCAUGGCGAACCUGGUGAAGCACCAAGAGAUACAAGCGAAGUUAAUGGAAGAAAUUGAUGGGGCGGUGGGGAGCGAGGGAGAGGAGAUCAAGGAGGAGGACUUGCAGAAGAUGCCGUAUUUGAAGGCGGUGAUCAUGGAAGGGCUGCGGCGCCACCCGCCGGGCCACUUCGUGCUGAUGCACACCGUGACGGAGGACGUGAUCUUGGAUGGGUAUUUGAUACCGAAAGGGGCUGCGAUUAAUUUCAUGGUGGCGGAGAUUGGUAGGGAUGGGAAGGUGUGGGAGGAGCCGAUGGAGUUCAAACCGGAGAGGUUCUUGGCCGGGGGGACGGGGGAGGGGGUGGAUAUAACGGGGAGUAGGGAGAUCAAGAUGAUGCCGUUUGGGGUGGGGAGGAGGAUAUGCCCGGGGCUUGUGCUCGCCAUGCUGCAUCUCGAGUACUUUGUGGCCAAUUUGGUGAGGGAAUUCGAGUGGAAACCCGUGGAUGGGGAGGAGGUGGACUUGUCUGAGAAGCCGGAAUUCACCGUUGUCAUGAAGAAUCCUCUCCGGGCAUGCAUACUUCCACGGAGGAAGAUAUAGCAGUCUGGUGAUGAAGCACUGCAAUUAGUAAAGCUGCAGCGCAGCAAUUCUGUUUGAAUUUUUUCUUCUUAGACUUACCCUUUUUCUUUUUUUUUUUCUUUUGUUUAAUGGCUGCACACCGUUGCCCAUACGAGACGGUGGUGCUCUUCUUAUACUCCAUGAGCUUGUUUCUAUACUCCAUGGAUGUUGGGCUGUAAAACUCCAGUUUUAUCAAGGUCUGGAUGGUUAGGAAUGGUUGGAGAAUAGAGCUACUUCAGUUAUGAGUGGAUGGGACUAGGUGUUCCCACCAUUCCAAGAAAAGAAUAUAGUAAGGAAGCGUUAGAGCUCAAACUGGCUUCAAGCGUGAUCAGUAUGAACUCUUCUAGAAGGCUAGGAGGGUUGUCGAACUUAAGAUAUGAAGUUCAAGGAACAAAUGGAACAGAUGGGCACUUUUAAACAUUUGACAAGAGGAACCACUGGAUUCAAGUGUAGCUCUAUCUUGCAACAGGAUACGAGGAAAAACAUACCUAAAGGUUGAUGAUGAGCUAGUAGAUUUAAGAAAAGCCGCUUCUUUAUACGCGGAGAAGCAGGGGACUUAAAAAAGAAAUUGGAACGCUAUUGUCUGCUUCUUAUGUAGAGGCAUUGGCCACACCUUAAGUAAUGUUUGGUUCGUCACCAGAUAAUUUUGAAUGAUAAUAUAGAUUAUCUUCAGGAUAGAUUAUCAUUAUUAAAUUA